AUGGCCGCGGAGAGAGACGCCUCGCCCCCACGGCAGCUGCCGGACGCCGAACCGGAAGAGCUGUAUGGCCAAGAGGUACGCCUGGAAGAGGAGGCUUUUGCUUGGUAUAAUCCCGACAAGUGGUACCCGAUCCAGAUUGGCCAGGUCUAUGAGUCGCGAUAUCAGGUGCUGCUGAAAUUGGGGUUUGGCUCUGCGUCGACGGUGUGGUUGUGUCGCGAUCUUGAGAAGCAUUGCUAUGUAACUUUGAAAGUCUAUGAGACUGGUCAUCGGCAGGCUCGUAACGAGGAAGUGGUCCUUCGCCACUUGGAACGCCUCGAGUCUGAGCACCCAGGACAGAAACUCCUUCGCUCCAUCAAGGACAGUUUUGAGCUGCAAGGGAAAAUCGGCCCGCAUGUUUGUCUGGUCUUCGAGACUCUAGGCUUAUCCCUGGCCGAUAUUCGAGAGUUGGCAGGCGGCAAGCUGCCAGAGAAUCUCUUAAAAGGGUUGAUAUACGGCUUGUUACUGGGCAUUGACUAUAUGCAUUCAGUUGCACAUGUCGUCCAUACAGAUAUUCAAGAUGGAAACAUUAUGCUCUCAAUUUCAGACACGACAAUCUUGGAUGUCCUAGUGAACGAAGAAUGGAGGCUUCCAAGCGCGAGAAAAGUCAUGAGUGAUCGUACCACCUACGCAUCAACGGGGCUCGAGAUCCCAGAUGAUCCAGGCGAUCCUGUCAUCUCAGAUUUCGGCGAUGCGCAAUACGGAGAAGGCGACUUCGAUGGCGAGGUGAUGCCAGAUCUCUACCGCGCGCCCGAGAUCAUCCUCGGAAUUCCCUGGGACGAAAAGAUUGAUAUCUGGGCUUUGGGAUUGAUGGUUUGGGAUUUGUUCGAGGGGAAGCUACUCUACAACACACGACACCGCGAUCGGAAUGCAUCCCGGGCAGCCCACUUUGCGAGGACGGUGUCUUUGCUCGGACCACCGCCCGAUGAUCUUCUGGAUAGAGGGUCGACAUGGAAAGACUUUUUUGACGAUGGAGGAAAACUAGUUGUCGACGGUGAGAUACCAGAGUCCUCGUUCGAGGAGGAAGAGUGUAAUCUCGAGGGAGCGGAGCAAGCCGAGUUCUUGGUGUUUCUGAGGAAGAUGCUGCAGUGGAAACCAGAGGAUAGGUUAUCCGCCCGAGAACUGAUGGAGGACCCGUGGCUGUGUCGGCAGACGGCUGAUGACUGA